CCUUUUGUUCUCUUCUAACUUCUAUACCACUCUGAGCUCUGAGAAUUAAAAAAAAAAAUACACACAUUGCAAUACGCUUCAAAUUCACAUUCGCUUUACGUCACCGGAGAAAAAGAAAACAGAAAGAAGUACAAGGUCUUCGAUGGCUUCCAAUGGCGACGAUGAGCAGAUUAAGUUAGUGGAAGGUCCUGCUGGUUACGUGCUCGAAGAUGUUCCUCACUUGAGCGAUUACAUUCACGAUCUCCCCGUAUUAACGUAUCCAAACCCGUUGCAAUCGAAUCCUGCUUAUUCAGUAGUUAGGCAGUAUUUUGUUGAUGAGGAUGAUACAGUCCAGGAAAAGAUUGUUGUUCACAAGGAUUCUCCUAGAGGGACACACUUUAGACGUGCAGGACCUCGCCAAAAGGUGUAUUUCAAGUCAGCUGAUGUGCGUGCAUGUAUUGUUACAUGCGGUGGCCUAUGCCCCGGGCUUAAUACAGUAAUCAGGGAGAUCGUGUGUGGUCUUCAUUUUAUGUAUGGUGUUACAGAAGUGAUUGGUGUGGAUUGCGGGUUUCGUGGGUUCUAUUCCAAAAAUACUGUUGCACUAACACCGAAGACAGUGAGUGACAUCCACAAGCGCGGGGGAACCAUACUAGGAACCUCCCGAGGGGGACAUGAUACAUCGAAGAUUGUCGACAACAUACAAGAUCGUGGAAUAAAUCAGGUUUACAUUAUUGGAGGUGAUGGAACCCAAAAAGGAGCAAGUGCAAUAUAUAAGGAAAUUAGGCGUCGUGGACUUAAAGUUGCAGUUGCAGGAAUACCAAAAACCAUUGAUAACGACAUUCCAGUCAUUGACAAAUCCUUUGGAUUUGAUAGUGCGGUUGAGGAGGCUCAACGUGCUAUUAAUGCAGCGCAUGUUGAAGCGACCAGUGUGGAAAAUGGUAUCGGACUUGUCAAGCUAAUGGGUCGCUACAGUGGGUUCAUUGCAAUGUAUGCUACACUGGCUAGUCGAGAUGUCGACUGCUGUCUGAUUCCCGAGUCACCUUUUUAUCUUGAAGGCAAAGGAGGGCUUUAUGAGUUCAUUGCAAAACGGCUCAGGGAAAAUGGCCACAUGGUUAUAGUGGUUGCUGAAGGUGCAGGGCAGGAUCUUGUUGCAGAGAGCGUUGAACAGCAAGAUGCUUCAGGAAACAAGCUCCUUAAAGAUGUAGGACUAUGGAUGAGUCUUAAAAUCAAGGAGCACUUUGCGAAGCAGAGUGUGUUGGACAUUACUCUCAAAUACAUUGAUCCGACGUAUAUGAUCCGAGCUAUUCCAGCCAAUGCUUCCGACAACGUCUACUCAACUCUCCUCGCCCAAAGCGCAGUCCAUGGUGCAAUGGCUGGCUAUACCGGCUUUGUCUCUGGUCUUGUUAAUGGAAGGCAUACAUACAUUCCCUUUAACCGAAUAACGGAGAAGCAAAACAAAGUUGUGAUUACAGACAGAAUGUGGGCGCGGAUGCUGUCAUCGACGAACCAGCCCAGCUUCAUGAACCCUCCUAAAGGAACCACCGUGGUGUCUGACUAAUGUUUGGCGAAACUUCAUUUCUUCAUUUGUAAUUUUGACCCCAGGGAGGUUGGAUCAUAUAGGUAAGACGGUAUCAUUGUUCUCGUGAACUUUUUUUGUUAAAGAUACAAAGUUGUUGUGAAGUUAUGCUAUUGAGAAGAGAGAAACCGAGAGUUUAUGUUUGUCGUUACUACCCUUUUCAUAAAACUAGACCAACAACUACAUUCUUUUUUU